UCAUUUGGAGUACAAGGUGCUGAGCCCAUCACACGCUUUGCCUUUCAGGUGCACUCCUUGCUUCCUGGGGUCCCCUUAGCUUGUCCCUCCGGGGAGGUGCUGGGAGAUGGCUGGCGGUACGGUCUGGGGUCGUGCUUAAAGGAGAGUUCAGAGAGGCUGGUUUCUGCCGAGUGAGGGUCCCGUUUGGCCCUUUCAGUGGGCUCCGGAUAGUCUGUGUAAUGAUCAGGCUGGCUUCCACGUUCGGGGGUCCCCAAAUGAUACAGAGUCCUAGUGGAUUCGUGGCUUUACAAAGAGAAUGACAAGACCACUCACCUUCCUCAUGGCACACUGGCUGGCUGUGCAGUCAGAGCCACUGGCUGCUAGGCCGCGGGCCGGGUAGUGACUGGUCAGCGGGUAUAUGGAAGGAACUGGCAGCUCCCAGCCCAGGUCCUAGUGUCCCAUGAGUAGUAGCCCCUGCAGUUAGCUCUAACUACCCGCCUCACAGCACCCUGAGACGAGAAACAGACUGGCCCUUGCACCAGGGACCCCCACUUGCCCCAUUUCCUCUGCUUCCACUGCCUAAGGCUGGGCACGUGUGGCUGCCACUGCCCUUGCUGAGCUGCCGUGCGAGCAGAUGGCGCAGUGGUUGGAAAUGUGCAUGGUUCUGCUGAGACGGGCGAAACGUUACGUUGGAAUGUGGCGCAUCCCUCUGCCACGCUCGGGGUUUGUGCUGCUUCUAAUCCCUGCCUCUUUCUCCAGGGUGAAAGGGGAAGGGCUGAGCAGGAGUCAUGGAUUCUCAGGAUGCGGAAGGGGAGGAAACGCCGGCCAGCGCCUGUUCCGGAUAUCGUGCUCCCCGACUGGACAUCUCAAUAAAGGUUGAAAGGGAGGAUGAGCCCCAAUUCACAGAUGCCCCGGACGUCACUGAGGGAGUGGUCCCCCAGGGGUAUCCAGGUGCCAAAAGUGACUUAGUAAAGACAGAAAGAAGCAAACACAUGGAUGUGCUGGACUCUGCAAAGAGACAAACUACCUGCAAGAACUCCACAGGUGACUGGGCUGCGAAAGCCCUUAAGGAAGAAGGGCCAGGAGAGGACCAUACUAAGGAGCUGGAGGCCCCCUGCGUGCUGGCAGGGAAGCCCUACAAGAGCCCUCUGACCCCCGGGAGCCAGCCAGGGACCAGGCGGGACGCUCCCACCGAGUGUACCAGAGCCCCUGGGAAGCAAACCGUUAGGGCCUCCCAGCCGAGGCGCCCCGCGGGGGAGCUGGCGUUAGCCUGUGGCGAUUGCGGGUGGCGGUUUGGAGAUGUGGCGUCCCUGGGCGAGCAUGAGGAAAGCCACGCGGCGGAGCGCACCUUCAUCUGCACUGACUGUGGCAAGAGCUUCGGGCGGCACGCCACCCUGGUGGAGCACCAGCGCGGCCACACAGCGAAGAGCGUCUUCAUCUGCACCGACUGCAGCAAGAGCUUCACCCACAAGGCAGCGCUCACUGUGCACCAGCGCACCCACGUCCGCCAGCGCCCCUACCGCGGCGCCCCGCGUGACGGUUCCUACGGCUCCCACGCCGAGCUGGCCGCCCAUCAGCAGGCCCAUGCUGGGCCAGCCGUGGCCUCGGAGGAAGGUGCUGAGCCGACCAUGCCCCUGCGGGCUCCUGAGGCUGAGAAGCCCUUCCCCUGCAUCGACUGUGGCGACAGCUUCCACUCGCACUCCGCCCUGCUGAGUCACCAGCGCAUCCACGCCGAGGAGCGGCCCUACAAGUGCACCAAGUGUGGGAAGUGCUUCUGCUUCCACGCCGAGCUGGCAUCGCACCAGCUGUGCCACCCCAAGGAGCGCUGGUUCCUGUGCGGCACCUGCGAGCAGCGCUUCAGCUCCAAGACCGACCUGAUCCUGCAUGAGCGCACCCACCCCGAGUCCAAAUGGUGCCUGUGCGCCGACUGCGGAAAGAUCUUUCCCUGCCAGGCCGACCUCAGCCAGCACCAGGCCAGCCACGCCGCCAAGGUGCACGACUGCCCUGAGUGCGGCAAGGCCUUCAGCUACCUGACUGACCUCAUCGUGCACCAGCAGUCGCACGCCGAGACGCUCGUCUCCUGCAACAAGUGCAGCAAGAGCUUUGGCUCCUGCACCGACCUUCUGAUUCACCAGCGCAUGCACAGCGACAGCCAGUCCUUCACCUGCACCCAGUGCGGCAAGGCCUUCGGCUCCCGCACUGACCUCAUCACGCACCAGCGCUCGCACGCCGAGAGGCUCGUCUACUGCAACAAGUGUGGCAAGAGCUUCGGCGCCCGCACCGACCUCCUGAUUCACCAGCGCGUGCACGGUGAGAGCCGGUCCUUCACCUGCACCCAGUGCGGCAAGGCCUUCAGCUCCCGCACCGACCUCAUCAUGCACCAGCGCAGCCACCGCGACCGCCAGUCCUACUCGUGUGCCGAGUGUGGCCGCAUCUACAGCAACCAGUCCUACCUGGUGGCCCACCAGCGCAUCCACACCGGGGAGAAGCCGUACAAGUGUGCUGAAUGUGGGCGCAGCUUCAGCCAUAAGUACCACCUGGGCAGGCACCAGCGGACACACGCAGGGAGUACCCCGCCUGUGUACUGAGCCCCAGGGCCUGUGCCACCUCCACCAGCGAGUGCACGGGGAGCGAAUGGGGUGGAGGAAAGGGGAGUUGCACAGCAUUGCAAGGGAGGCUGCACGUUGCC